AUGCCUGGCAGAAAAUCAAACCUUUCGACCGUCACGAAUGGCGAUGAAGAGUCGCCUGCUCCUCCUGGCAGAGCAUCGCGCGAGGGAUCAAGUGUAGAGGAUCUGGCCUUGCCACGAACCAUGAUUUCGCGGUUAGCAAAGGGUGUUUUACCACCAAACACAUCAAUUCACAAGGACGCUUUAUUGGCGCUGUCGAAGAGCUGUACUGUAUUUGUGAAUUUCCUCGCUUCCAACUCAAACGAAUACGCGCAGAUUGCUGGCAAGAAGACAAUCCAACCAGCAGACGUAAUAGCCGCACUCAAAGAAAACGAAUUCGAGCAUUUCAUCCCUAGACUCGAGGCAGAACUCAAAAAAUACAACACAGUCCAAUGCGACAAACGAAACUCCUACCGCCGCAAAAUCCGCGAAGAAAAGGCUUCUUCAAAACCACCCGGCGCAAUCGAUCUCGACGACGACGGUAAACCCACCGACAGCGGCGCAGAAAACGGUGAUCACGAUGCAGAUGCCUCAAUGCUAGACGCCACCGACAUGUCCGCCGUCAACGGAAACACCAGAAAUGGGGACGAUGAACCACCGUCCAAGAAAAUGAGAAGGGAGGAUGGAGAUGAGGAGGAGGAUGAAGAGGUGGAAGAUGAGGAGGAAUUCCAUGAUGCGUUGGAGGGUGAGGAUGAAGAGGUUGUGGAGGAAGAUGAGGAGGAAGGUGACGAGGAGGGUGAAGAGGAGCAGGUGGAUGAGGAGGAAGAGGAGAGGGUGGGUGAUGGUAUGAGGGAUGAAGCGUUGGAUGAUGCUAGCGAGGACAGCGAUUAG